AGACUCCGUGGAGGUGGCUUGAGCUUUUCAUCCUGGUGACCACAGUCUUGGAAACCAACUAAAGCCGGACACAUACUAUGGAUACCAAGGGCUGCACAACAACCAAUUCUCCUUCAACCCCAAGUCAAAACUGCUCUAGGAUUACAAAUGUUAGUACCAUCUCUUCUAACAACUGCUGCCAUUCUGGUGGCCUUAAAGUCAAGAACUGUCAACCAGCUGGCCACACUCUCAGAACUACCCGGGACCAGGGCUGCCAACCCACUCCUUGCUUUUGUCGCAAGCCCAUCUACCUAAUAAACAACUUCAUCUUGCAUUCCUCUCUGGAUGACUGCAGCUGGUAUGGUGAAGGCAUCAACAGUAAUGAGAAGGAGACCAUGCAAAUCUUGAACGAGCGUCUUGCUAACUACCUGGAAAAGGUGCGAAUGCUAGAACGAGAGAAUGCUGAACUGGAAUCUAAAAUCCAGGAAGAGAAUAACAAAGAGCUCCCUGUUCUAUGUCCUGAUUACCUGUCUUAUUACACUACCAUUGAGGAACUCCAGCAGAAGAUCUUGUGUACCAAGGCUGAGAAUUCCAGACUGGUCUCGCAAAUUGACAACACCAAACUGACUGCAGAUGACUUGAGAGCCAAGUAUGAAGCUGAGGUGUCUCUCCGCCAGCUGGUAGAGGCAGAUGCCAAUGGCCUCAAGCAGAUCCUGAAUGUGCUGACCCUGGGCAAGGCCGACCUGGAGGCACAAGUCCAGUCUCUGAAAGAGGAGCUCCUUUGCCUCAAGAACAACCAUAAAGAGGAAAUCAAUUCUUUACAGUGUCAGCUUGGGGAGAGACUUCACAUUGAAGUGACUGCUGCCCCUUCUGUUGACCUAAACCAGGUUCUACAAGAAAUGAGAUGUCAAUAUGAGUCCAUCAUGGAGACAAACCGCAAAGAUGUGGAACAAUGGUUCAACACACAGAUAGAGGAGCUGAAUCAACAAGUGGUGACCAGCUCUCAACAGCAGCAAUGCUGCCAAAAGGAGAUCAUAGAACUGAGACGCACUGUGAACACUCUGGAGGUUGAACUGCAGGCCCAGCAUCGAAUGAGAGAUUCCCAAGAGUGCAUCCUGACGGAGACGGAGGCUCGCUACACAGCCCUGCUGACCCAGAUCCAGAGUCUGAUCGAUAACCUGGAGGCUCAGCUGGCAGAGAUUCGGUGUGCCCUGGAAAGACAGAACCAAGAAUACGAGAUCCUGCUGGACGUCAAGUCCCGGCUGGAGUGUGAGAUUACCACAUACCGCAGCCUUCUGGAGAGCUUGGAUGGCAAGCGUCCCUGUUACCCGUGUACCACCAAAUGUGAGCCUUCCCCCUGGACAUCUUAUAAGUCCGGAGCCAUGGAAUGCACGGCCCCAGCUUGCACAUCCUCAGCCCCCUGUGGCUUAAAGGAGCACUGCAGUGCCUAUGGACCCCUGUCCCGGAUACUGGUUAAAAUUUGCACCAUCACCAAGGAGAUUAAGGAUGGGAAGGUCAUUUCUUCUUACGAGCAUGUGCAGCCUUGUUUCAUCAUCAGACCUGCCAAAGUCUAACAUCCCAAGGUGAUGAAAAUGACCCACAUUUAUGAAAGAGAGGCCAAUACAUGCUCCUGCCAGAGAGGUUUAAGAAAACUCCCCAGUCCCUUAAGGUACUUAGUUUCUUACUACUAUAGCGGGUCCCCAUUGCUAAGUAGAAUAUCUUGUAUUCUGCUCCUUCCCUAGCUCACCACUGCUAACAUGAUAAUAAAUUACAUUU